AUGAAGUAUUUUCUUAAUUCUUCCCAACAAAAUAGACACGUAGAAUAGGGGAGACCAGUCAUUCUAAUAAUUAAAUUAUUAAUUUACCUUAAUUUUAAAAUAUCAACUGGUCUAGCACCAAACCAUGAAUUGACUCCUGGAAUAUAGACUAUAAAAUAAAAAUAAGAGUUUCAAGGAGGACCCCAUAAAACAUAACUACAUUAAUUGGAGAAUAAAUCAAGGUCACUAUCACUUACAUUUGCAAGAGAAGACAUUAGACCAUUAGACCAUUAGACAAGUUUGAGCAUAUUUAAGUGCUGCUGUUUUGAAACAAGCAUUAGUAUUAAUGGGAUAUUUGUAGUGACAUCAGAUCCACUGAUACCCAUUGAAAUACCAAUAUCACCUUAUUUCAUUGCUGGAGAAUCAUUUACGAAAUCUCCUGUCACUCCUACUACAUGUCAGAUCUUUUAUGCAGGAGAUAUACGUGCAAAUACUACUUAAGGUUUACUGCACCAACUUUUAAGUCUCCUGUCUUUCAUGUGCUCAAAGACGUAUUCUCCAUUUUAACUCUCUUCCUCCAAAGCAUAUACUAUCAUGUCUCCAUGA